AUGGCUUUGGUUCAAAAAUAUGGGAGGCCAGAUCUUUUUAUCACCAUGACAUGUAACCCAAAUUGGGAAGAAGUUAAAAGUCAACUGCUCCAAGGACAAGUGCCACAAGAUUGCCCUGAUCUGGUCACCAGGGUAUUUCACGCAAAAUUGGAACAAUUGAAAGAAGACGUAAUUAAAAAAGGGGUGCUUGGAAAAGUAGCCGCACAUGCUUUCGUUGUGGAAUUUCAAAAACGAGGCUUACCGCAUGUUCACAUGCUGAUUAUGUUAGAACCAAAUGACAAGCUUAACAACCCUGAUGAAUAUGAUCGCAUUGUUAAAGCUGAAAUACCAGAUCAGAAUGAAGAGCCUCGACUAUAUGAUGCAGUGUGUACACAUAUGAUUCAUGGCCCAUGUGGACCUCUCAAUCCACGACAAUCAUGUAUCAAAAAAGGCACUUGCAAUAAGGGUUACCCAAAAUCAUUUGCGAAUUUCACAGUGCAAGGCAAAGAUGCAUAUCCUAUGUAUCAAAGACGACCAAACCGUCAACCAGUAUAUUUGCGUGGUCAAGGAAAUAUGACUGUGGAUAACCGCUGGGUGGUUCCCUACAACCCAUGGUUGUUAUUACGGUAUAAUUGUCACAUCAAUGUCGAAGUAUGCGGUAGUAUAAAGAGUGUCAAGUACUUAUAUAAGUAUAUCUACAAAGGUCCUGACAGAGUGUCACUUGAGGUGCAGUCCAACCCAGAGUUCGAUGAAAUUAGCCAAUUUGUUGAUGCAAGAGGUCCAAAAUCAUUUUUGGACUUGCUUACUGUUAAUGGGGCUUUACAACCAACAUUCAAGCAGGCAGCGGAGAACCGAGGUUUGCUUGAAAAUGACAAUAGUAUUCGAAUGUGUCUGGCGGAGGCAUCUGCAAUAAGGAUGCCAUCAGCUUUGAGGAGAUUAUUCGUUACACUCUUGGUGUAUGGGGUGCCAGUUGGUGUUCGAGCAUUGUGGGAUGAAUUUGCGCAUUUUAUGGUAGAAGAUUAUACUUCAUCUGAUGAUAUUGCAAACAGAAACAGGCUCUUACGAGACCUAAAUAGAAUACUUCAACAAUUUGGCAAGAACAUUAGAGAUUAUGACCUCCCUCAAUUAACCGGUGAGCUAGAAGAUAAUAUCGGAAUGCCAAGAUGUAUUGAAGAUGAACUUUUUAUCCAUGUUCCUCAAGAAGAUAUUGAUGCAAUUGAUCGUCUUAACAAUGACCAAAUGGUUGCCUUCAACACCAUAAUGUCUGUUGUGGAUGGAAAAGAAAGUGCUUUAUUUUUUGUUGAUGGUCCCGGAGGAACUGGGAAAACGUAUCUAUACCGUGCGCUGUUAGCAAAUUUAAGAAGAAUGAAUCAUAUAGUCUUAGCAACAACAUCAUUUGGAAUAGCGGCAAACAUAUUGCCCGGCGGGAGGACAGCUCACUCCAGAUUCAAGAUUCCCCUAAAAGUACUACCUUCAUCCAUGUGUUCCAUAGGUAAACAGUCUGCACUGGCACAAUUGGUACGACAAUCCACUGCAAUUAUAUGGGAUGAGGCACCUAUGACAAAUCGAGAUGUGUUUGAAUUAGUUGAUCGAACUUUUCAGGACAUAAUGGACGUGAAAAUUCCUUUUGGUGGUAAAAUAAUGAUUUUCGGGGGAGAUUUUCGUCAAGUCCUUCCUGUCAUUCCUAAAGGAACAAAGUCUCAACUCAUCGAAGCCUCGAUUAUGAGAUCAUCGUUUUGGCCAGCUACAAGGAUAUUGAGACUGAGGCAGAAUAUGAGAUCCAUAAAUGACCACCGAUUUGCGGAGUUUCUAUUACGUGUUGGCGACGGUAGUGAACAAGUCAUCCAUGACGACAUGAUAAGGUUACCAGAAAGCAUGGUGAUUCCCUGA